AUUUCCAUACACCCUACCGGGAGGGAUUAAACCAAACAACACCGUUUUCAAUCGAGCGUAUAACUGCAUUAGCCGCCACAUUACUGAUCGGGAUCUUCCAUGGCGACGGCGGCGGUUACUGAGGCGAGGAAGCUCCCUCGUCCGGGGAGGGGCGGCGUGGUGUCUCACGGCAUGACGGAGGAGGAGGCUCGAGUCCGCGCGAUAGCCGAGAUCGUGAACAAUAUGGUGGACCUUUCUCGGAGGGGCAAGGACGUGGACCUCAACGGCCUCAAAUCAGCAGCUUGUCGAAAAUACGGCCUCUCUCGGGCUCCCAAGCUUGUAGAGAUGAUUGCGGCGUUGCCGGAGACGGAGCGCGAGUCGCUACUGCCGAAACUGCGUGCCAAGCCUGUCCGUACUGCCUCCGGUAUUGCUGUAGUGGCCGUCAUGUCGAAGCCCCAUCGGUGCCCUCACAUAGCCACCACUGGGAAUAUUUGUGUUUAUUGCCCCGGCGGGCCGGAUUCGGAUUUCGAAUAUAGUACUCAGUCGUAUACGGGUUACGAGCCGACCAGUAUGCGAGCUAUUCGAGCUAGAUAUAAUCCCUAUGUCCAGGCCAGAAGCAGGAUUGAUCAACUUAAGAGGUUGGGCCACAGUGUUGAUAAGGUAGAAUUCAUCUUAAUGGGAGGCACUUUUAUGUCAUUGCCAGCAGACUACAGAGACUAUUUUAUCAGGAAUCUUCAUGAUGCUUUAUCAGGGCAUACUUCUGCCAAUGUUGAAGAGGCAGUUGCUUACUCGGAGCAUAGUGCUGUAAAAUGUAUUGGAAUGACUAUUGAAACGAGGCCAGAUUACUGCCUCGGGCCUCAUUUACGACAGAUGCUUUCUUAUGGCUGCACACGCUUGGAAAUUGGGGUGCAAAGCACAUACGAGGAUGUUGCUCGUGACACCAAUAGAGGCCACACAGUGGCAGCUGUGGCUGAUUGCUUUUGCCUGGCAAAGGAUGCUGGUUUCAAGGUAGUUUCUCAUAUGAUGCCAGAUCUUCCAAAUGUUGGAGUUGAGAGAGACCUGGAGAGUUUUAAGGAAUUUUUUGAUAGCCCUAUGUUCAGAGCUGAUGGGCUUAAAAUUUAUCCGACACUAGUUAUUCGCGGGACUGGACUCUAUGAACUCUGGAAAACUGGAAGAUAUAGAAACUAUCCCCCUGAGCAGCUGAUUGACAUUGUUGCUCGAAUCCUUGCAAUGGUUCCCCCGUGGACGCGUGUUUAUAGAGUUCAGCGGGAUAUUCCUAUGCCUUUAGUAACUUCAGGAGUCGAGAAGGGAAAUCUUCGUGAAUUGGCCUUAGCUCGUAUGGAUGAUCUUGGCUUGAAGUGUCGAGAUGUUAGAACACGUGAAGCUGGAAUCCAGGACAUUCACCAUAAAAUUAAACCAGAGGAAGUUGAACUUGUUCGUCGUGACUAUACAGCAAAUGAGGGCUGGGAAACUUUUCUCUCAUACGAAGAUACACGUCAGGAUAUUCUCGUAGGUUUACUUCGACUGCGCAAAUGUGGAAAGAACGUAACUUGCCCAGAACUUACAGGAAGAUGUUCUAUUGUAAGGGAGCUUCAUGUAUAUGGGACCGCUGUCCCUGUGCAUGGGCGCGAUGCAGAUAAGCUGCAGCACCAGGGCUAUGGGACCUUGCUUAUGGAGGAGGCGGAGCGGAUAGCUCGUCAGGAGCAUAGAUCGAAAAAGAUAGCUGUUAUCUCGGGUGUAGGAACCCGCCAUUACUAUAGGAAGUUGGGCUAUGAACUAGAAGGCCCUUACAUGGUAAAGUGUCUUGUAUGAGAUUGAUUGAUCAUAUGGAAGUUAUUAGAUUUGUACCUUGUGGUUUCUGGAUGCUUUUAGUUGAUCAUAAGUUGAAUUGUUACUUUGUACAUUGUGAUGCAAGCUCGCUGGUUUUGCAAGAUUGGUAUGUACCCGUCAUUUCUCAUACUAGUUGAGAUGUUAAAAUAGAAAUUAUUUAUAUUAA